AUGGAUUCCGAAAAUGGCCAUACCGAUCCCUCACUCGCUGAUGCGCGCUCGCUGAAAGGUACCAUCGACAAUACCUCAAGCCUAGGCUCAUCGGUGCCGCCGCCAUUGGAGCUGGAACAGGAUGUGAAAGGAACUCGACUCUCCGGUCAACACUCUCCCGUGAAAUCGACGAGGCCCGAAACCACUCAGGAUUAUCGCUCGAGUACUAGAAUUGGCCACUCGACUCGUUCAUCCAGUCGGGCUCGCCGGCGAUUCAGCGGGAGUACGGCUGCCAGCUCCAUUAGCGAAAUGGAGUCAAACGGUCCGAAACCCUGGCGACUUGGUGUAUGUGCCCUGGAUGUCAAGGCCCGCAGUAAGCCCAGUCAGAAUAUUCUUACCCGCCUUCAAUCGAAGGGUGAUUUCGAGGUCAUCGUCUUUGGUGACAAAGUGAUUCUCGACGAAGCCGUGGAGAAUUGGCCGGUCUGCGAUUUCUUGAUCGCCUUCUUCUCCGAUGGGUUCCCUCUCGAUAAGGCGAUUUCAUAUGCAAAAUUGAGAAAGCCAUUCUGUGUCAAUGACUUGCCCAUGCAGAAAGUCUUGUGGGAUCGGCGACUGUGUUUAAAAAUCCUCGACCAGAUGGGUGUCCCCACUCCCAAGAGGUUGGAGGUAAACCGGGAUGGUGGCCCAGUUUUGGAAUCGCCGGAGCUGGCUCAACAUAUUCACCAAUUGACAGGCGUCAAGUUGGAGGGCCCAGAGGAUGGAACCGGUGGAGGUGCCCCCAGAACUCAGCAUGUCUCGAUGUCCGAAGAUGGAGAAUCCUUGGUCGUGGAUGGCAAGGUUUUCCGAAAGCCGUUUGUGGAAAAGCCGGUCAAUGGCGAGGAUCACAACAUCCACAUCUACUUUCCUAAUGAUCAACAGUAUGGAGGUGGAGGCCGCAAGCUCUUCCGCAAAGUCGGUAACAAGAGUUCCGAGUACGACCCGAACAUGACCGUUCCACGAUCGGUCACCGAGACGGGAACCAGUUAUCUUUAUGAGCAGUUCCUGCGUGUCGACAAUGCCGAGGAUGUUAAAGCAUACACUGUUGGGCCCACCUUCUGCCAUGCCGAAACGCGCAAGUCCCCGGUGGUCGACGGGCUCGUCCGACGCAAUACCCACGGGAAAGAGCUGCGGUAUAUCACCAAGCUGAGUAAAGAGGAAGCGGCGAUUGCUUCUAAGAUCUCAAAUGGCUUUGGACAGAGGAUUUGCGGGUUUGAUAUGCUUCGCGUAGGAGACCAGAGCUAUGUGAUUGACGUCAAUGGCUGGAGCUUCGUCAAGGAUAACAACGAUUACUAUGACAAGUGCGCCCAUAUCCUACGGGAAACCUUUCUGGCGGAGAGACGCCAGAAUGAAGGAGCCCCAGAGCCAUCAGAACCGCCCUCCCCAGAUCCGGCCUCAUCCCGGCGCAGUACGACAGGGUCGCAUCGCCAGGCGCUGAAGACCCUCCUCAAGUCGCCCAGUACGUCCAGACUCUAUGGAAGCCAAAGUGUUCACAAACCCCACGAAUCUACUGCCUCGGAUGUCUCCACCGGUGUACCAUCAAUUACAUCUUCUACUGCUCUGGUAGAGGGCGUGGAUGUGGCAGGCAACCCGAUCAACCUGGCUUCUCGGGACGUUCGUUCGGAUGCUCGAGGAUACAGCCCUUCGAAUACCAAAUCUCCCGCCGUCUCCAUCCACCAAACUGGCGAUGGCACGGCCGCCCCACUCCCGGCGUCUAAACACUCGUGGAAGCUGAAGGGCAUGGUGGCGGUCAUUCGCCAUGCUGAUCGCACCCCGAAGCAGAAAUUCAAGUUCACCUUCCACAGCCAACCUUUCGUCGAUCUUCUCAAGGGCCACCAAGAGGAAGUUGUGAUUAAAGGAGAGGCCGCAUUGGGCAGUGUUUCUGAGGCUGUGAAGAUCGCCAUGGAGCAGGGACUGGAGGAUAUGGAGAAGCUCAAGCUGCUUCGCACUUCCCUGGAAAAGAAGGGCGGUUGGGCUGGCACGAAAGUGCAAAUCAAACCGAUGUUCCGCAAACGCAGGCCAGAGGAGAUGCGGGAGCCAGGCUCAGCUACGACACCUACCGCGCCAGUCGCGGGCGAAAGCAUCCCCGAUGAACCUCUUUCGCCUGUAGCUGGUGAGGCAGGGGCUGACAAUGAGGCACGUCGGUCUCAGACCCGAAGCGAUUCGAUUUCUGGCGCCACGUUCUCACGUUUCUCUGCGGUAGAAAACGACUUGAUUCUAGAUAAACUGCAACUCGUCAUCAAGUGGGGAGGAGAGCCCACACAUGCGGCGCGAUACCAAGCGCAGGACCUGGGUCUGAAUAUGCGGGAUGAUCUUAAGUUGAUGAACAAGGAAGCGUUGAAUAACGUCCGACUCUUCACAAGUUCCGAGCGGAGAGUGAGCACAAGUGCUCAAAUCUGGGCAAGCUCAUUCCUUGACCAAAAGGAGCUCCCGGAAGACUUCAUUCAAGUUCGAAAGGAUCUGCUGGAUGAUUCCAACGCCGCGAAAGAUGUCAUGGACAAGGUCAAAAAGAAGCUGAAGCUUUUGUUGCGGGAAGGCUCCGCACCAUCUCAAUUUGCGUGGCCCAAGGACAGCAACAUUCCCGAGCCCUCUGUCGUUCUUGCUACGGUGGUUGAAUUGAUGAAGUUCCAUCGGAGUGUCAUGCGACACAACUUUGAGAGACUUGAAGCCUCCUCGAAGAAUGCUGAAGAUGGACAUCCGUCGGACCAGGGAGACUCUUCAUCAGAGAACCCGGAACUUGCCAGUGUCCAAGGUCGCUGGUGUGCAGGAGAGGACCCGCGGUUAUUCAAAGAGCGUUGGGAGAAGCUCUUUGCCGAGUUUUGCGAUACGGAAAAGGUGGAUCCCAGCAAGCUGUCUGAACUCUACGAUAGCAUGAAAUUCGACGCGCUUCACAACCGGCAAUUCCUGGAGUGGGUCUUCAUGCCGCCCGACAGCGAUCGUGACGAAGAUGACCGGAGCAGUGUCAAGGGCCGAAGCCCCUCCAAGUCCGACUCGGCCUCUGACAGUAAGGCUGGAUCCGAGCCAGCUAGUGACAAGGCCGAUGAGCGCAGCGAGAGUCAGACAUUCGGGCACCGCUUCAAUUUGAAGAAGCGACUGCACGCACUUGAAGCACUGCCCCAUCUCCGUGCGCUGGACGAUUCCUAUGAUCACUACUUCAAGCUAUUCCCUGGCUCCAACUCCACCAAGUGCAAGAUGGAUGAGCGUCUUUCGAAGCUGCGGGAGCUUUACAAGCUGGCAAAGGUUCUAUUUGACUAUGUCACGCCCCAGGAAUACGGCAUCACCGACAGCGAGAAGCUGGAGAUUGGCCUCCUCACCUCGCUCCCGCUUCUGCAGGAGAUUGUGCAUGAUCUUGAAGAGGUCCAGGCUUCCGACGACGCGAAGUCCUUCUUCUAUUUCACCAAGGAGUCCCACAUCUACACUCUAUUGAAUUGUAUCCUAGAGGGCGGCAUCCAAACCAAGAUCGCCCGCCGUGCUAUUCCAGAACUCGACUACCUGUCCCAAAUCUGCUUCGAGCUCUACGAAUCCCGGGAUAGCGAGAACGAGAUUAAUCCAUACUCGUAUUCCAUUCGGAUCUCGAUCAGCCCUGGCUGCCACGCUUUCGAUCCUCUCGACGUGCAGCUUGAUUCCCGACACGCCAUCGGUUGUGCCCCGCGACGCAGCCUCACUGCCCACCAUGACUGGAAAGAGGUGAUUGAGACGCUGAAAGCGAAGUUUGACACUGUUGAAUUGCCAAAGUCAUUCAUCGCAGUAAAUUUGAGUGAUAAACAUAUCGCUUCUUCUCCACCGGUGGGGCAGGAAGCUUCAUAA